GGAACCGUCGGCGGGUUCGAGAAAGAAACCGCUUUCGUGCACACGCGGAGGGUGACCGUCACCGAGCGAGCACGCGCCCGAAGGGUAACCGUCACUGGGCUGGUGGCGAAAGGAACGCGCUGCCGCUAUGGACUUGAGCGGCGGCGGCCGUCGCUGAGGGAGUGGGCUGGCAGGCCGAUGCGGGCUCUUGCCUUGUUGGGCGUAGAGUGUGUCCUUGCCCAGCCAUGAUUUCCAAUCAGCAAAGCGGUGGGAGCCGGCCGCGGGCCACGAAUGUCGGCUCAAUUCUCCUUACGCAGCAGGAGAAUGAGUGCCUCUUCAACUGCCUGGGCAGGAAGUGUCUGACUCUCUCAUCAGCUGUUGUUCAAGUAUUUGCAGCAGAGCGGAGUUCUCACUGGGCAAAAAAAUGUUGUGGAGUUGCCUGCCUUAUCAAAGACAACCCACAAAGGUCUUACUUUAUUCGAAUAUACGAUAUAAAGGAUGGGAGACAAAUUUGGGAACAAGAAAUUUACAACAAUUUUGUUUACAAUCAGCCUCGAGCAUAUUUCCAUACGUUUAUUGGUGAUACAAGUCAAAUUGGACUUAAUUUUGCAAAUGAAGAAGAGGCAAGAAGAUUUAGAUAUGCAGUAAAUGACAUAAUUGGAAGACGACAAAGGAGAACUGAGAAAAGACGAGAUCCACCACCUUUAAAUGGGCCUUCUCUUCCUAUGGCUACAGUAGAUAUUAAGAAUCCAGAAAUUACCAAUGUUCGAUAUAAUCCACAAAUUAAUAAUUUUGUAUAUAACAAAGAUAAGAAGAAAACAAAAGGUAAAAAGAAGAAAUUGACUAAGGCGGACAUUGGCACACCAAGUAACUUCCAGCAUAUAGGACAUGUUGGCUGGGACCCAAACACGGGUUUUGAUCUGAAUAAUCUGGAUCCGGAAUUAAAACAUCUGUUUGACAUGUGUGGCAUUUCUGAGUCACAGCUCAAGGACAAAGAAACAUCAAAAAUUAUAUAUGAUUUUAUAGAAAAAAAGGGAGGAGUUGAAGCUGUGAAAAAUGAGCUGCGUAGACAGGCUCCGCCACCACCUCCACCUUCCAGAGGAGGCCCACCACCACCACCACCUCCACAUAGUUCAGGACCCCCUCCUCCACCACCAGUUCGUGGCAGAGGUGCACCUCCUCCUCCACCCCCUUCAAGAGCCCCAUCAGUAGCUCCAUCUGCAGCUCCCCCACCUCCACCACCUUUAAGAACAGGGGUAGGAGCACCACCACCACCACCACCUCCCAGUAGAUUAUAUCCGCCCCCUCCACCAAUACCAUCAGGUCCCCCACCACCACCACCACCUCCACAUCCUGCAUCUGGAGGUGCAGGAGUUCCUGGUCCUCCACCACCACCACCACCACCUCCACCUCCACCACCUGGCCCUCCACCCCUCCCUACAACACUCGAGAGUGAUGCUGUCACUUCAUCUACUGGAAACAAAUCUGCUCUUCUGGAUCAAAUCAGAGAAGGCACUCAAUUAAAAAAAGUUGAGCAAAGCAAUCGACCAGUUUCUUGCUCAGGCAGGGAUGCACUGUUAGACCAAAUACGACAGGGUAUACAACUCAAGACUGUAAAUGACCAGGAUUCUUCUUCUCCUUCAACGCCUACAGCAGGGAUUGUAGGAGCAUUAAUGGAGGUGAUGCAGAAAAGGAGUAAAGCCAUUCACUCUUCAGAUGAGGAUGAGGAUGAAGAUGAAGAGGAAGAUUUUGACGAUGAUGAUGAAUGGGAAGAUUAGUUUUUCCCUCACAAAACUAUAAUCCUUCCUGUCUUUCUGAUUUUCUGUAAAAUUGUCCUGUAAAUGUUUUGCAGAUUUUGCUGUAUAUUUUUGUUGCCUUUUACUCUUUUUCAUAAUCUGUGCAAUACCUCAUUUAAUAAUUCAUUUGAUAAAGUAUUGUGGGUAAAGCUACACCCUAUGCAAGAUGAUGUUGGGACAUAUAAGGAACUACGUAUUUAUGUGUUCAUUCCAGCAACAAAAGAAAUUGGGUGAUGGAAUAGAAUUGAAUUGAACUUUAAUUAUGCUUGUUAAAAGCGAGAAUAGUAACACUAUUUUUUCAAAACCCUGCAUUUUCUGUACCUAAGAAGAAGCAACACUUAUUAAAACUGCAUAGCACUAUGAAUUUUUUAAA